UUGGGAGUCUCUGAAUGAGUUUGUAAUGUUCCGUAUGCCUGCGUUGAGGGGUAUGGUCUAACUGCAAAGAAUAUGUCAGGUUUGCCUCUAAACAUUUGUGCAUGCGGUAAUCCAUUCAGUAUGUUUGCUUCUCAGUGAUUUUAAAUCUGUUCCUUCGUAUAACACAUCUCAUCGUAGAUAUGAGGCUUCUGGCUACCACACUCUCAAAUAAGUAAACGUCCUUAUGUAUAGUAGGAAGUUUUCUUUUUAGCAUCUAUAGUUUAUUUUUAAACAAGUAAAUAUAAUGAAAUAGAUGGAUGGAUGAUUCCAGAACCACGCAGAUGUUAAUGAACAAUAAAACUGAGCUUGGGGGCUCACACGCUGACUUGUUUUUUACAGUGCAACCAACAAUUAUCACCCAAAUCUAAUGACUUUUGAUAAUAACAAAAUGAACAGCUUUCAGUAAGUCUGUUCCUUAAAGUUAAUAGAAUAAUGAAAUUUGGAGCCAAUUUUAAAUUGACGGUUAAAUUGACAUUGUAACACGCAAACAAUUCUUAGUUCAUUUAAUGUUUGUCAAAAUGUUUAUAUUUAUAUAUGCAAAUAAUAAUUUUUCAGACAUUUAAAUUGUUAGCCAGCAAGCAUUAGAUUUUAGCCAUCAGACUGUAUUGUCUCUAGUAUAUGCAGAGCCGUAAUUGUAAAAUACAUUUCAUAAAAACUAUUUUGGGCACUAAAUUAACUUACAUCUCUAAUAACGACUUGGCUGUUAUGUCAAAGUUGUGUGAUUAGGGAGAAAGAACUCUAAGGAAGCCUGUACUGCUUAGAGCGCUGCUGUCAUGCACAGCAAUGCAGGAUGGAAUCAGCCAUCAGUGCCAAGUGUCCCCCCCCCCCCAGGCUCCAUUUUAACCGCAGCAUCAUCUGGUAGCACAUGUGUGACAUGCUGAGCUCCUUCAUUUCCUGUUGCCUUUCAUCCCGUUUCCUGCCUGCUAUGUAGCUCAGUGACUUUUAUGUUUAAUAACCUCUUACUAUCGUAGCAAAGCAAGCUGCCAUUGCCGCUUUAGCGUCUGUUAGCCUUUUGUUAUUCAUUUCUCUUUUUUUUGGGCUGUACUCUCACGAAGCGAGAAAAGUUCUGUUACGGAAAGUAACUUUAAGACUGUAAAAGACAUUGGUCUCAUGCGAAGGCCGCGGAGAAGAUGGCGAUCCAAAUAUACACAGUCCUCAGGGGCUAAUUAAGAUCAUCCCUGGGGAACGCUUUAAUAUCAGUACUAAUUCAUGACCGCAAGGCCAAACGUGAGGAUGAAUUCAGGACAGUUAUAGACAAGGAAAGGUGGUUGGUCUUUUUAAAGGAAGUCACGGUUGUUUAACAGUGCAGGAUCAAAUAGUCUCUAGCACCCUGACCAGGAUAAGCGUCUACAGGAUGGACAGAUAGUUGGAUAAAUGAAUAAAUUUUUUUUUUUUUUAUUGUGGAAGUAUCAAACAAUGAAUUUGAAUGAUGGAUAAUACAGAGAAUUUCCAUUAUUUAGCUGCCUAUAUUAAAAGAAAGAAAAACCAUCAGUUCUACAAAAGUGCAAUUUGUAUGAAGCUUUUCAGUGUUGGGUUCUGAAUGGGAGAAGGAGGCCUAGUAAUCAAUGGAGGGUGGAGAUGGGCGCCUGGAACUCUGGGACUGCAGGGUGGAGAUGGGCGCCUGGCACUCUGGGACUGCAGGGUGGAGAUGGGCGCCUCGCACUCUGGGACUACAAGGUGGAGAUGGGCGCCUGGCACUCUGGGACUGCAGGGUGGAGAUGGGCGCCUGGCACUCUACAGGGUGGACGUGGUGGCCUGGCACUCUGGGACUGCAGGGUGGAGAUGGGCGCCUGGCACUCUGGGACUACAAGGUGGAGAUGGGCGCCUGGCACUCUGGGACUACAAGGUGGAGAUGGGCGCCUGGCACUCUACAGGGUGGACGUGGUGGCCUGGCACUCUGGGACUGCAGGGUGGAGAUGGGCGCCUGGCACUCUGCAGGGUGGACGUGGUGGCCUGGCACUCUGCAGGGUGGACGUGGUGGCCUGGCACUCUGCAGGGUGGACGUGGUGGCCUGGCACUCUGCAGGGUGGACGUGGUGGCCUGGCACUCUGGGACUGCAGGGUGGAGAUGGGCGCCUGGCACUCUGGGACUACAAGGUGGAGAUGGGCGCCUGGCACUCUGGGACUACAGGGUGGAGAUGGGCGCCUGGCACUCUACAGGGUGGACGUGGUGGCCUGGCACUCUGGGACUGCAGGGUGGAGAUGGGAGCCUGGCACUCUGCAGGGUGGACGUGGUGGCCUGGCACUCUGGGACUGCAGGGUGGAGAUGGGAGCCUGGCACUCUGCAGGGUGGACGUGGUGGCCUGGUACUCUGGGACUGCAGGGUGGAGAUGGGAGCCUGGCACUCUGCAGGGUGGACGUGGUGGCCUGGUACUCUGGGACUGCAGGGUGGAGAUGGGCGCCUGGCACUCUGGGACUGCAGGGUGGAGAUGGGCGCCUGGCACUCUGGGACUGCAGGGUGGAGGUGGAAUCCUGGCACUCUGCAGGGUGGACGUGGUGGCCUGGCACUCUGGGACUGCAGGGUGGAGGUGGGCACCUGGCACUCUGGGACUGCAGGGUGGAGGUAUUGGUAAAUAAGAAUUGGGGUUAAAUGGAUUGCAUGUGUCUGGAGGUUGAUGUUCUGCCCAUGACCUCUUCCCUGAGCCAGUUCCCUUGCUUGCCACACUGUUCACAUUAUCAAUCUCAUAGGCUGUAUGCAGUACUCAAAACAUUCCCUUU